AUGGCGCGAUGCCCCAUCGUCGCGAUCGCGUAUCCGCGCGUCGACGCGAUCGUCGCGCGGAUACACGCGCGCGCGCGAAUCGCGAACGAGAUGCGCACGAUGGCGAUGCGAGGGAUGAAGAUGGCGGCCAAGGCGCCGACGACGGGACGACGGGCGCGGAGGACGCGCGCGGACGCGCGGACGCCGGCGCGAUUCGUCGCCGCGCGCGUGAACGCGGAUGAUCUCACGGACGCGGCGAGGGAUAAGUUCGAUGAAGUCACGACGACUCUGAGUGAGUACUGGGAAGAUUCGGAUGAAAAGCCGGCGUUGGUGACGCUCGGCGUGUACGGCAUCGUCGGGCUCGUCGCGGCGAACGGCACGCUUCGCGCCGUGGACGGUCUCCCGCUCAUUCCGGACUUUCUCGAGCUCGUCGGCAUCCUCUUCUCUGGUUUCUUCGUGUACCAGAACUUGCUCUACAAGCCGGACCGCGCGGCGCUUCGCGAGACGAUCUCUAAGAUCUACAACAAGAUCCUUUAG